UGGUUGCCUGCUUCGCCUGCUGUCGCAAUUGCAACAACAAUAAUAAGCAACGAUGGUCUAGAUUUAGCUGCUUGCGGCAUGGCGCAGGUACCUUGCUGUCGCUUAAUCUUCUAGCUCCAAAAGGAUCAAUUCCGUUCCCUCUUGUUGCGACCCUCUGGUCCUCUACUGCAGAAGGUAUCGCUCUCCUGACGGCCUCCAACGAUCAUUCUUACGCAGCCACGGUGGCCUCGCCAGUCGGAGCAGAAGGGCUGAGCAAUUAAUUAAUAUAUUCAACGGCUUCGCAUCAGCAAGAGAACCGCCUCCAAUCUGCGGGGAAGCUGGGUAGGUCCACCUCCCAGCGUAACAUGCCAUAUUAGGUAACUUGCGAAUAUCAUUUGGGAUCUUGGCACUGGUGAUGGGGUUGCCUUAAAUGGUCCACUGAGCCAUCGUUCUCGUCUUUUAUAACUCCAUUCCCCUCACCCCAUUCGAUGGCGGUGUUCAGUCGAAUUUGACAUAAACAGCCCACUAUGCGAGGAUACGAAGUGUUGGGGCUAUUGCUUGGGCUAGGAGGGGCCUCAGCAACCUCAUUGCAUUCGAAGCCAGGCUAUCCAGCAAUCAUACCAUCAUGGGAUAUCCAGAGCUCUGCAAAGGCUGGCACCGACCUGAAUGCCCUGUCUAAAAUCGGCGCUGAUACUUCGUCAUGGCACCGCAUCGACAGUUCAAGGUGUACCUUGACAGGGUGUCUUUUACAAGUGGGCGUUUACAAUGAAGAAGAUUGGUUCUAUUCGGAAAACCUCAAGAGUGUUGAUGCUGAUCAGUUUCGAGUUCCAUGGUUAUAUCGAAAUGAAUUCAACCUUGACUUAACCCCUGGAAAGCACUAUUUUCUUCAGACUCACGGCAUUACUUCCAAAGCCGACAUAUUCAUUAACGGGAAACAGAUAGCUAAUAACCUCACGCAAGCUGGAGCUUACGCUGGUCACAAAUACGACGUGUCUGGCAUUCUAGACAACCAUAAUGCAUUGGUUGUACGAGUUUAUCCCACAAAUUACAACUACGAUUUGGCAUUAGGAUUUGUUGACUGGAAUCCCUACCCUCCAGACAAUGGAACCGGAGUUUGGCGAGAUAUUGAGCUGAAGCAGACGGGUCCUGUGGCAUUGGAUACAUUGCGAGUGAUCACGGAAACAGACUUGCCAAGUAACAAUUCUACAGCGCACGUCACCCUGAAAUCGACCGCUCAGAACUUGGAGUCGCAUGAAGUUACUGUUGAGCUUAACGGCAAUAUCACCUCCGAAUGUGGCCAAAGUUAUACUUGGAACCAGACAGUGACACUCGGCGCAUUACAGUCCAAAGAACUGGUCUUGUCAACGGCGUUGAAGAAACCCAAGAUCUGGUGGCCACGACAAUGGGGCAAACAACCGUUGUAUACUGGUCAGUUGUCAGUGUCGGUAAACGACGAGUUAUCCGAUGUGGUCGACGCCAAAUUCGGCAUUCGCAAGGUCACGUCAAAGGUUAACUCUCAUAACGAUACGAUCUUCUACGUGAACGGGCUACCUUUUCAGGUCCUUGGCGGCGGUUACUCAGCUGACAUGUUCCUUCGCUGGGACAGCGAGAAAUUCACCCAGCAAGCUCAACUGACCUUAGAUCUUGGUGGUAAUACAAUUCGGCUAGAGGGGAAGAACGAACACCCAGAGCUUUACGAAAUUGCAGACAAACUAGGCUUGAUGGUGCUUGCGGGCUGGGAGUGCUGUGACAAAUGGGAAGCCUGGUCCUUUAACCCGGACUUGGCUGUGAAGGUAGAGUGGGUAGAGAAAGACUACGUGAUUGCCAAUGCAAGUGUCAAGCAUGAGAUUUCCAUGCAGCAGAACCAUCCAAGUAUGCUAGGAUUUCUCGUAGGAAGCGAUUAUUGGCCGGACGACAGGGCUGCAGAAAUAUACCACUCCGCAUUCAAAGAAUCGGGUUGGCAAAUACCCGUCAUUGCAUCGGCGUCGAAACGAAGUUAUCCGAAGAUCUUCGGGCCUUCGGGAAUGAAAAUGGAUGGCCCUUACGACUGGGUCCCGCCCAACUAUUGGUACAAUGUCGAACCAUCUGAAGAUCGACUCGGAGCAGCAUUUGGGUUCGGGUCUGAGCUCGGUGCUGGAGUAGGUACUCCUGAAAUUAGUAGCCUGAAGAAGUUCCUUAGCAAGGAAGACAUGGACGAUCUCUGGAAGAAGCCGAACAAGGGCCUUUAUCACAUGUCUACGAACGUCUCCUCAUUUUACGAUCGCAAGAUCUACAAUGAUGGUCUAUGGGCACGUUAUGGUGCCCCUACAUCACUGGAAGACUAUCUACUGAAGGCUCAGAUGAUGGACUAUGAAGCGACUAGGUCGCAGUUCGAAUCCGUGUCAGCUUUUUGGAAUAAAGAGCGACCAGCCACUGGACUCAUCUACUGGAUGCUCAACAACGCAUGGCCAAGCCUUCACUGGAAUUUAUUCGACUAUUAUCUGCACCCUGCUGGAUCUUAUUUUGGUGCCAAAGCAGGCUCCAGACUUGAGCAUGUCGCAUACGAUUAUCUCAAGAAGUCUGUCUAUCUGAUCAACCAUUCAAUCGACAAAAAUGGAUCAAGGAUUCUCUCAGUGGAUGUAAUUGACAAGAAUGGAAAGUCACUCUACUCGGCAACUAAGACCGUAGAGACGAAACCGAACACGAGCCGCAAUGUCCUCGAUAUAACAAAGCCAAUGAAGACGACUACUGAUGUCGUAUUCUUACGCAUCACAUUAGCCACUGCUGAUCAAAAGACCGUCCUCAGCCGCAACGUUUACUGGCUAGCGAAGGACCUGGAUAUUCUCGAUUGGGAAGACUCCGACUGGUUCUUCACUCCUGUUACGAGAUAUGCAAAUUAUACCGCUCUGAACAAGUUACAAAGUGCAGAGGUCUCCGUGUCUACUAGCGCUGCCAAGGGCAAAAAGCAAGGCGCUACUAUCAUUCUUGAAAACAAAUCUUCCGUACCAGCCGUUUUCGUCUCGCUGAACUUGGUUGAUAAGGACGGCAAGGAUGUCCUGCCAGUGUUUUGGUCUGAUAAUUAUGUUACGCUCUGGCCGCAUGAGAAGCUGGAGUUGAAGGCUGAGGGAUCUGGGGCCGCGGCUGUAGAGGUUAAGGGGAAGAAUGUUCAGUCAGCCAAGGUGUCGAUCUAGAGAUAUCAAAACUCAGGAAAGUAAUACGGUGUUAUGUAUGGGGAUUUCAUAGUCAGUUCGAAAAUAUAAUGUAUAUCUUGGCUACAGGGUGAAUAGGUAGUCCGACUCCUGGGAUGGGACAUUCUACAGCCUAAUGGGAAUUCUUGCCUUUUAAUACGCGUAUACGCUCCACGGCACAGGCAGUAAGCCGAGC